AUGUACAUACGUACAAUGGAGUAUCUGUCAAACAAUAUAUUGUUUAUAUUGACUUGGAAUUUCGCGAUUUCAUCGACUACUGCACAUUACUGCGUAUGGGGUUUGUGUGAAUCAUCAGAGUAUUGCUGCGACGAAAAUGUAUGCUGCAGUUACAAAGACUAUGAUAUAUGGAUUACUAUGAUAAUCGUAGCUGGAGUUGUAAUUGGAAUGAUACUGGCUGGUACAUGUCUCUACUACAAUUUAUGUCGCAUCUAUCUUUAUCUACAACGUAGAUACUAUGGCAAUAAUUCUGUGUCAAUGCCAUCAGAAUUUGAUUCUGAUGGAAAAUCAAUAAAAAUAUCAUUUCAUGAGUAAA